AUGAGCCGCACGACCGCAGAGACUUCUUUCCACCAUUUCUGCGAGAAGUUUUCCGAGGGCCUCUGGGACACUUGGGUGAAACUCCCGCGCGGGGAUGAACUCAAGAAGGUCGAGGAGAUCUACCGCAAGUGUGGUUACCCGGGGGCGACGGGAUCUACGGACUGCACCCACUUCCGUUGGUCGGGCUGCCCGUUCUCCGAGAAGAACACCCACACCGGCAAGGAGGGUUACACGUCGCUGGUGGUGGAGUGCACGUGUGACCAUUCUGGCCGCAUCAUCGCGGCAACCAAGACUUACCCGGGAGCCGAGAACGACAAGACGGUCAUCGCACGGGACGAGUCCAUUUGGCGAAUACUAGAUUAG